GCGAAAUCCGUCGACCGACAGUCGGCACGUUUACACCUGAUCGGACGUACGUGCGUUCCUCUCGGUUGAUCGGUAUCGACUGACGCAACCGUCGCGCGCGCGAGUGAGUGUGUGUGUGUGUGUGUGUGUUCUCGUCUCUCGUCCGAAAUGUUCGAACGUCCGGAUUUGUUUACAUACCGCCCCGUCACCACGUCCCGGUGAGUUUCUUAAAUUUUUUCCCCGCGGCCAAGCGCAAGUUCGCAAGUGCGCGUGUCCGGUGCGUCCAGUGCGCGUUUUCGCCCGCAAACGAUCCCAGGUGCCGCGCGUCGUCGUUUUUCGACAGUGGUCAACGUUCGCCGCGGGUGUUGAUCAGCGUCGUUCGCACCAUCGCGGAACACGUACGUGCUAGGUGUUUGCACGUUUGUAAACGAGCACGCGCACGUGCUCGCACGCAACGCACACCGCACCUGAUCCGACCUGACCACCGACAUGCGGCGGUUUUUGUUGGCGGUCAUCGCGUUAUCCGCGCACCGGCUGCGGGACGGAUGCACCGCUUAUCCGUCAUCGUCGUCGUCCGCAGAUUGCGACGUCGCCGUACAGCGGUUCCGUUCGGUCGGCCUGUACGAUACACCGUCGUCGCGAAUCGACCAAGGAAACAAUUUGAAAGUAUGUCAGUCACAGCAGAGCUGUUGCAAUGCUGCCACCGAGGUUCAGUUGAUAGAUAUGGUGGACAAUGAAUACAAGAGACACCUGGCUGGGCAAGCGAGUUUUGUUUAUGACCUGCUCAAUUCUACCGCCCAUCACUUACAAGACCAUAUGACGCAUAUGAUCCGGAAAUCUAAAAGCAAAACGAUCCGGGUUCUAGCGGAUGUGUACGUGAGCAUCGAAGGACCAGCUACCAGUCUCUUAGACAUGUUUUACGGCCGUUUGUCCCGGUACGUGCACGAAGACCCGGAAACUACACCGGCGAGCAGUUUAGAAGACGCAGCGUCCAAGCUGUUUUCUGACUUAUUUCCAGUCGUGUAUCGAACGGUGGCCGUAGCAUUUGAUAAACUAGACAAUUCUUCACAGUUCGACGAAGAUUACGUUCAGUGCCUAGUUGGCAAAUCGUUUGAGAUUCGACCGUUCGGUGAUGUUCCGUAUAUGUUGGCCAAGGAUAUUUCGAGGACGUUUACCGCUACUAACGUACUAGUGCAUGCGCUGAGAUAUGGUGGCCAAUUAGUUGAUGCAGAACAUUCUCGGUCGUGGCUAGGCUACGGAAAUAGAGAUCAAUGUGUAGCUGCGUUGACUAGGAUGAAACAGUGCUCAUGGUGUGACGGAAAAGAUUCGAAACCAUGUCAUGGGUUGUGUGUGAAUGUAAUUCGUGGAUGUCUAGCUAGAGAGACGGCACACCUGGACGCACCGUGGACUGGCUAUUAUGAGGCUGUCGACCGUUUGGUGUCUGCCAUAAAUAAUGGACAGUCUUCAGUGUGUUUAGAGGAUCUGCUCAGGUCCUUACAUUCCAGGAUAUCCGAAGCUAUCAUGUAUGCAAUGAAUCACGCUUCCGAUAUACAAAACAAUGUGAAAUACUAUUGCGGACCGGCUAAAUGGAAUAAUCGAGCUCCUUUAGUGACGACCGAGACGCUAAAAACGCCGGAGAGUCAAGAAGUGUGGAAUAUCGAGGAAGAAGAUUUGAGUUCGGCAAAAUUGACAUCUAAACUGUUUAAGUUCUCCGACACGGAAACCGUGGUCAGAGUACGUGGACUUUUCUCAAAUAUGGCACACUCGAUGUGCUCCAAUUACACAACGACGAAUUGUUGGAAUGGCCGGACAGUGGGAGAAUAUACAGACAAUGUAGUCGGGCCAUUGUUGAGCGCACAAAUGUACAACCCGGAAUUCGAUUGGACGUCUUCCAUCAACACCCAAGACAAUAAAGUGGCGGAAGUCAUUGAUAAACUCAGACAUAUCAGACAAAUGGUUUUGAACCAAUUGACUCCUAGUUCACAGUCUGAUUUGUUUAUGGCUGACGAAGCCGAAGGGUCUGGUGAAGGCAGUGGUGACGGCGGUGUGUCUAAGCACGCCGGUUGGGACGACGACGAUAACGUGGACGAAUACUCUUCGGGUGAUGGAUCCGGUGAGAACCCGAUUACCACCCAGCUGCCUGGCGUUGCAGACCCUAAAGGUCACCCGACUGAUAUUUCGGCGCCAAAAUCCGGUUCAGAUAUAGUAAUAAACUCCAAAGAACCGACAGGCGUCGCAUCGUCUCUACACGUACCCCUAUUGAUAAUGGUGUGCUUGAUCCCAGUGACGAGGAUAUUUUAAUCGUACUUGUUUGAUUGCGUUAAGUUAUUAUUGUUGUUAAGUGAAACUUUGUUCUUGAAUUUAUUCAGCUUUUCUUAUACGGUACCAUUUCGAAAAAAUAUAACAUUUCUGGAGAUAAAUUAUUAUUAUAAUUUUUUUCAAAACGGGACUAUUAUAUUAUUGU